AUGGUGUACUCGAAACCCACCAAAUCGUUUGCUCGGAUAGCCAACUGGCUUCCCGCGAAUCACAGCAUUCUCCAGAGCUAUCUGAGCAAGCUCAAAACCGAGAUCGAGGACAUCAAGGCCACUCGCGGUGAAAUCCUCCACGAUGACACCAUCAUCGCUUUUCGGGACCUUGUCCAGGGCGAUACGGUCCUUCGCAUGCUGUCUAGGGCAAUGCUCACCGAAGUUCCCAAUAAAGAGCCCUACAACAAAGAUCCGAUUGGCCGCAAACAAAUUCGAGACUUCGAUGAGUUGCUGGAUUUCAUGCAGGUAACCCUGAGCAAGGCACCCACCUGGACGGACGACGGGUACAAGAUCGGGCUUGUAGGUUUCCCGUUAAAUGCUGUGCUCGACUGGCCUAUGGCCACGCAGAGCGGUUAUGCCUUCUUCCUCAACAAAGACGUCAAUCUCGCGCUUAAAAAAAUCCUCAACAAAUGGAAGGACUACUUGCACACCAGAAGUUCGGCUAAUGUUCUCACCACUGACAACUGGUUCAGCCAAGAGGCUCUCCAAAAACUGGUUGAUGACGGCAAUACCAUUGAAGGUAAAACCCACACGUUCCCGGAGCUGUAUAAUACUCGUGGCAGCACAGAACCUCCCUUCAACUUCGACACCUGGGAUAACUUCUUUAUUCGUGAGUUUAACGAGAACAUUCGCCCAGUCGAGUGGAAAGAAGACAACUCGGUGGUCGUAAAUGCGUGCGAAUCCAAGCCGUACGCGCUCAGGCGGAACGUACAAGAAUACGACAACUUCUGGCUGAAGGGGCAGAACUACUCUCUGCAUGAGAUGUUCGAGCCAACCAAACAGUACGUUAGCAACUAUGGCAACAAGUUUAUCGGCGGCACGGUCUACCAGGCCUUCCUCAGUCCCACCACGUACCACCGCUGGCACGCCCCGGUGUCGGGCACGAUUAAGCUACACACAAUUGUUGACGGCACGUAUUACUCCGAGCCAACCAUCACAGGAUUCACAAGCAGUGAUGGCCCCGAUGAAGCUGCGCCAGAUGAGGCGCAAGGCUACCUGACGCAGGUCGCGACGCGGGCCAUCCUCAUCAUCGAGGCUGACAACGCAGACCUUGGUUUGGUUGCCUUUAUCGCGGUGGGGAUGGCUGAGGUUUCAUCGUGCGAGUUCACUCCUAACAUCCAAAGUGGAAAGCAGUUGCAUGUCACGAAGGGCGAGGAAAUCGGCACCUUCCACCACGGCGGGUCGACUCACUGCUUGGUUUUCCAGAAGAAAGCGAAACUGGCCUGGGUGACUGAGGCCGUCCCCCAUUCGGUUCCCGAGGAGACAGAGAAGAAUGUUCCUCUCAAAAGUGCUCUGGCUUUUGUCCGUCGCAAAGAUCCAAAUUAUAACCCUGCUUAG